AUGGAUGUCCGUGGAAUCGACCAGCCGAGAGUGGAGGCGACGGGUUUCUUGCACGACCCCAGGUGCGAUCCUCCCGACUUUUACCUGUCAUCCACAACAACAAUGAACUUUGGCGGCCUCAAGGCAGUCGCCGCCUCGCGGCAGCCGGCAGACGACCCGCUCAAGGACAACGAGCCCGCUGCCGCCGCGAUGGCAGGACACAUUGACGCGGGACCGAGCUCUGCAGCGUCUUCGUCAGCGUCGUCGUCGGCGGCUGGUGCGCUGCCUUCCUCGUCGGCGGCACCUGAGGGCGAGUCUCUCAUCGAUCAGAUCAUGAAGUCCAACCCAAUCUUUGGCGCCGGUGUCGGCCUUGCGGCGCUCGGCGUGGCAGCCACCACCCUCCGCCGUGGCGUCAAGCAGGCUGCACACCUCGCCCGGCGACGCAUGCUCAUCUCCCUCGAGAUCCCUUGCAAGGACCCUUCGUACCCGUGGUUUCUCGAAUGGAUGGCCGCGCAGACCGAGGCGGCCAAGAGCGUGCCCCUCGCUGACCGCGGCUUGAUGGGUGCGCUGCGCGGCAAGGUGCCCCAGAUCCCCAGCCACGAGCUUGCGGUCGAGACGACGGUCAAGAAGCAUGAGAACGGCAGUUCCGAGGCGCUGUUUAACCUCAUCCCGGGACCUGGUACCCAUUUCUUCAACUACAAGGGCCAUUGGUUCCAGGUCCGCCGCGACCGCGACGGCAAGCUCAUGGACAUGGUCUCGGGCACGCCCUGGGAGACGGUCACGAUCACUGGUCUGUCGUCGUCGCGUUCCGUCUUCCCCGAACUGCUUGCCGAGGCCCGCGAGCGCGCUGAGGAAGGCACAGAGGGCAAGACCAAAGUGUACAUUGCUCGCGGCUUCCAGUGGGAGCAGUUUGGCAAGCCGCGCUCCCGCCGGCCGAUGGGUUCCGUGGUCCUCGCCGACGGCGUGACGGAACGCAUCGAGGCGGACCUCAAGGGCUUUAUUGCGCGUCGCAAGUGGUAUGCCGAGCGCGGUAUCCCGUACCGUCGCGGCUACAUGCUGCACGGCCCGCCCGGAUCGGGCAAGACGAGUUUUAUCCAGUCCCUUGCCGGAUCACUCGGUUACGACAUUUGCCUCCUCAACCUUGUCGAACGCGGUCUGUCCGACGACAAGCUGCACCACCUCCUGGGUCUUGUGCCCGAGCGGUGUAUUGUGCUGCUCGAGGAUGUCGACUCGGCAUUCAACAAGCGCGUCAAGACUGAGGCCGACGGGUUCCAGAACGGCGUGACAUUCUCGGGUCUCCUCAACGCCCUCGACGGCGUGACCUCGUCUGAAGAACGCAUCAUCUUCAUGACUACAAACCACCUCGAGCGCCUGGACCCGGCCCUCAUCCGUCCUGGCCGCGUCGACUUUAACGAGCUGCUGGACGACGCACACGGCGAACAGGCAUACCGCCACUUUGUCAAGUUUUACGGCGGCGGCGACAACCUCGACCCUGUCCCUGGUGGUGCGGCCGAGGGCGCGCCUGCCGGUGCGACGGACGAGUCUCUCACUCCCGAGGAGAUUGACGUGCUCGCGCACCAGGUGGAAGCGGUCGUGAAUGAGGGUCGUAAGGAGGGCAAGUCGGUCUCGAUGGCCAGCCUCCAGGGCCACUAUAUCCGCAAUGGACCGCGUGAGAGCGUGGCGGGCGUCAAGGAGCUGUUGAAGCACAGGCCAUAG